AUGAAGUCUUCAAUCUUCCUCGUCCUUGUCAGCUCUGCUCUGGCUCUUUCCGCUGCCCUUCCUCACGCCAAGCUCGCUCGCUCUGAUGUAGCUGGAAUGGAAAGCCGUAGUGCUCAUGACGCCCGCGACGAUGUCUGCCCUGAUGGUCGCAGUGGUUACAACUGCAGUGAAGGAAGUGAAAAGAGGCAGGCGGAAACGGAUGCUUGCGACGGGUGCUAA